AUGAAUGUUGAUAAUCAUUUCUUGGAAAGAAUAUUCACACGAAUUUAUAUUGUAUUUUUGAUAAUCACAACGGUGUUUACAAUAUUAUGUAUUGUUUUUGAGUUUGCAAAACUUGCAACUUUUAGUAGUAACGAUGUUGACUAUUCUGAGACACUGGAAGGACUUUAUAUUACAUUUACAAUCUUAUUGUUUUUUAAUGUUGCAAUUUAUAAUUCAAAUACUGCAGAUGAACUAGAUACAACAGUAUAUGCUUAUAAUUGUGCAGAUCCUACACAAUCUGACUAUAUUUGCAGAGUGAGAUCAGCAAAUUUGUUUUUCCUGUUUAUAGAACUUGGAUAUCUAAUAGCAUUAUCUAUAAUAAUUUAUAUUGUGUUGAUUAUAAGACAAAAGAAUGGUCAUCCGGAGGAAGAAAUUUACUUGUUUCAAGAAACCGAUAAUGAUGAAAUAACAUCAGGAUAUGAACAUGUUUAA